AUGUCGAUGGUCUCCCGAGUUCCCUUUCAGCUAUCCGGUCGGUACGCCGAGCGCAACCGGUGGGAAAACUUGAAUGGCCCGGGUGACUCGCGUGUUACUAGAAGUCAAAUCGUCGAAGACGAAGGACUAGCUGAUAAAUGGUCUGACAAGGUUGUGCUGAUUACCGGUGUUUCCUCGGGAAUCGGUGUCGAGACUGUGCGUGUUUUGGCCUCUACUGGGGCUACCAUCUUUGGUACAGCCAGGAACCUCGACAAAGCAAAGGAAGCUUUGGGUGGUUCCUUGCUCGAUUCUGGGCGUGUAAAGCUUUUAUUUAUGGACCAGACCGAUUUCUCGAGCGUCCGGGCUUGUGCCGCGGAAUUCUUGAAGCAGAGCUCUAAGCUUAACAUCCUUAUCAACAACGCGGCUGUGAUGAAUACUCCGGAGGGUCGAACUAAAGAUGGCUUUGAACUUCAAUUUGGGACGAAUCACCUAUCGCAUUUCUUGCUCUUCUACCUACUCAAGGACAUCUUACUCGAAACGGCACGCUCAUCACCUGGCUUCCAUUCCCGUGUCGUCAGCGUUUCCUCCGCAGCCCAUCGCUACAGCCCUAUUCCACUUGACAAUGUCAACUUUGAAGGGAAUUACAACGGCUGGCUUGCGUACGGAUCUAGCAAGACAGCCAAUAUCUAUAUGACCAACCAGAUCGAACGCUUAUACGGAGCGCAAGGUCUUCAUGGUUUCAGUGUUCAUCCCGGGGCCUUCAUGAGUCACAAUCUCCAGAAAUACUCCCAGGAGGAGAUGAAGGCAGUUUUGGAGGACAAACGCGCUCUUGCGUACUUGUCAAGUCUUGGCCAGGCCUGUGCAACCACGGUCUAUGGUGCCGUGUCCAGUGAACUGGAAGGGAAAGGCGGUUUUUACUUAGAAGGAGCAUCGGUGGCUGUUCAUCAGACACCUUCGGAUGGAGAUGCAGUUGAAUACGGAUUUGGCAGCUGGGCAUUUGACGAGGCAAAGGAAAAGGAACUGUGGGAGCUGAGCAAGACCUGGGUUGGUGUCGAGUAG